AUGGUAAAACAAUCUGAUUUGAAGAAAGACUCUCAAGAUGUUUAUAAUGCUAAUGAAAAUGUUCAAGAUUUAGACAAAAUCUGGGACUUCAGUGGUAAAGAAAGAAUCCAGAAAGAGAUUGAGGAAGCUAAAAGAGAACCAACUCUCAUGGAAAGAAAAAUUGCUCGUAUUUUUGGAGGAGUUGGAAAUGCAGGUAAAAUGUUCCAACAAGGUUUCAAACUUGGAGCCACUGUUGGAGGGAUCUUUGGAGGAAUCAUUGGAACCUUCUAUGCAAUUAGCUCAAGACAAUUCCUAAUCCUUCCAAUGUCAAUGAUUGGUACAGGCUGCUCUUUCGGAUUCUUUAUGGGAAUUGGUAUGAUUCUGAGAACACAAAUGGAGCAAAAGGACGGUGAAGAAGAGGAAGUCUUUAAGGUCGUCAAGAUCAUCAAAAAUCCAGAGACAGGAGCCAUUGAAUUCAGUGAAGAACCCAUCUAUAAGCAAAUGAUUUAUUAA